GAUUUUUCCAUCUCUUCUUUAUAAUAAAAUGGUUACCACUAUUCGUAUUGGCUAUGGUAAAAUAGAUAGACAAAAAAGAACUAUUUGUUUAACGCGUUUAUGACAGUUCCAGAACAUUUCUCGACACCUUUGUAUAUCGCACGCGAUCUUGAUUAUUUUAAAGAAACAGGUGUCAACGUUGAACUUGUCUUGUGUCCAGGUGGUACUGGUGAGGUAAAUAAUAUAUAUAUAUAUUUUAUUAGAAGUCUUCAUAGACUGAAUACAUUGGCACAUUAGAUGACUGCUAAGCUUCAAGAUAAAUCACUUGAUUUGGCCAUUGCUUUAACAGAAGGCCUUGUUGCAGGUAUCAGUAAGGGGCAAGAUUGGUACAAAAUUGUAGGUACCUAUGUGGAUGCUCCCCUAUGCUGGGCACUUUCUGCUGGUAAGAAUUCCAAGCAUGAUUCAAUUGACACACUUUACAAGACCAAUGUUGCUAUUUCUCGCUAUGGAUCUGGAUCUCAUAUUAUGGCCUAUGUACUUGCUGACCAACGUGGUUGGCUUAAGAAAGAAGAGAAGCCCUUUGACUUUACUGUCUUGAACAAUUUUAAGGCUAUGCGUGAUGGUGUGAAUGAUGGUACAUGCGACUAUUUUAUGUGGGAAACAUUCACAACAAAGCCCUAUCAUGAUUCUGGUGAAGUAAAGCGCAUUGGUCAGAUUACACCUCCUUGGCCCGCCUUUUUAUUUGCUGCCCAUGUUGAUUUAUUGUCUGCUGAUAAAGAAGGCUUAAAGAAAGUCUUGAAUGCUAUUCAGCGUGCAACAGCUUUGUUUAUGGAACAAAAGGAAGACGAAUCUGUGAAGCAUGUCAUGCGUAUUUUAGAAUACCCUGAAGAAGACGUUCGUCGUUGGUUCAAGACUGUUCAUUAUGCUGAACAUCAUCAACAAGUCUCUCGCAAUGCGUUAAACGUAACUUUGAAUACAUUGUUAAAUGCAGAUGUUAUCUCUAAACUCACAAAGCAAGUUGAAGAACUUGUAGAUCCUCAAGUUGCUGAAUUGAUUAACUAAAUAAACACAUAUGUAUGAAAGGAA